AUGACACUAACGGCCGCGGAUAUAGCUACGUUACACAGAAAACGGGGUGUUAUCCAACGUCAAAUAACUACGUUUGAAAAAAUAUUAGAUGAAGAAACAGCAGCAGAAACGGCAAAUGAAGAACUUAUCAAUACAGCGCUUCAAGGUGUCGUACAGUCGUGGUCGGAAUUCGACAAUAUUCAAUCGCAACUUGACAGUACAGAGAAAGACGGUGAAGAGACCGAGCAAUUAAAACGAGAUGAGUUAGAAUUAAAAUUUUACACAGCAAUAAGUCGGGCAAAGAAACUCAUCAAAAAGGGUACAGUCGUCGCGGUGAAUACUACAACAGAGAACAUACAGAACUCGAUACAGACAAUGUCAGUAAAGUUACCGCAGAUCCAGUUAAUUUCUUUCUUGGGUGCGUAUGAAGAGUGGUCAUCUUUCUUUGAUAACUUUACCUCACUAGUACAUAAUAAUCCUUCGAUCUCACCAUCUCAAAAAUUAAAAUACCUAAGAUCAGCCUUACAAGGGCGAGCAGCAAGAGCCAUUCAGUCUCUAGAAACUACAGAUGCUUAUUACGAUGACGCCAUUGAGAUAUUAAAAUCUAAAAACGAAUGCACUCGUAAAAUCGUUUGUCGUCAUUGGGCGACCCUGAGAGAAUUACCGCGAUUACAUAAAGAUACUCCCGAAGCAUUAGGAGAACUAGUUGAUGCGUUCAAUCAACAUUUACGGUCAAUGAGAAACUUGGGUGAACCAAUAGAUAAAUGGGAUACACCUUUAAUCGACUUAAUAAUUACGAAAAUCAGUGUAGAAACUGCUUUGAAUUGGGAACUAACUUCAAAAGAUCAAAAGGUUCCUUUCUACAAAGGUCUUCUUGAUUAUUUAGAGAAAAGAGCGAGUUGUUCCGAUUCACCAUCAGCUACAUCAUUAAAUAAUUCAAACAUAAAUAAGCUAGACAAUAAGUUCAGCAAUAACUAUAAGAGAGAUAAAAACUGUACACCUCAUCGUCAAGCAUUUAUAAAUAUGAACUUUCCCUUAUGCAAAAUAUGUAAACAAAAUCAUAAAAUUUAUCAUUGCUCGACUUUCCUUGGACUGCCGGUAGAACAAAGAAUUCAGGCAGUACAAAGGGAAGGACUAUGCUUUAAUUGUCUUCACACAGGUCACACUGCUAGCAAAUGCACAGCAGGUAAGUGCCAUAAAUGCAGCAAGAAACAUAAUACUCUUAUACACAGGUCACAAAAUAUUGAAAAGGUUGUAAACGAGCCGUCGGAAAAAACUACACAACCCGUCAAUAAUGAAAAAAAUGUACAACAAGGUAUGUGA